AUGAACAAGCAGUAUUGCAAAGCUUUCAUUUCUCUGUUCUUCAUUCUUCUUUCAUUCCUCACACUUAUUUCCUCAGUAACAUGUGAUGAUACGAAGACUUACAUCGUCUACUUGGGAUCACUUCCUAAGCAAUCAUCUUCUUAUUCUCCAACCUCACACCACCUCACAAUUCUUCAACAAGUUAUUGAUGGAGCUGUCGUCAAUGCAAGUUCUUGCUUGGUUCGAAGUUACAGUAAGAGCUUCAAUGGCUUUGCUGCAAAACUCACCAGUGAUCAAAGAGACAAGAUAGCUGACAUGGACGAGGUGGUCUCUGUGUUUGAAAGCAAAACUCUCAGAAUUCAGACGACAAGAUCAUGGGACUUCAUGGGAUUCGUCGAGAAGGCUAUAAAGCGAAACUCUUCAGCUGAGAGUGAUGUUGUGGUCGGACUCAUAGACACCGGAAUAUGGCCGGAGUCGGAGAGUUUCAGCGACGAAGGUCUCGGCGGUGUUCCUGAGAAAUGGAGAGGGACUUGUGCUGGCGGCAAGAACUUCACCUGCAACAAGAAGAUCGUUGGAGCUCGGUACUAUCCUGUAACUAGUGAUUCUGCCAGAGAUGAAGAAGGCCAUGGAACCCACACUGCCUCUAUAGCAGCUGGGAACAUAGUUCAUGGAGUCAGCUUUUAUGGGAUAGCAAAUGGUACAGCAAGAGGAGGAGUUCCUUCUGCGAGGAUAGCUACCUAUGCAGCUUGUGAUAAACUAGGAAAUUGUCCAGACGAAGAUAUCUUGUCUUCUUUUGAUGACGCCAUUUCAGAUGGCGUUCACAUCAUUUCAGUGUCACUAUCAAGCGCAGGUCCUAGGGAUUUAACCGAUGAUCCAAUAGCCAUAGGAUCUUUCCACGCUAUGGAGAAAGGGAUCCUCACCGUCCAAGCUGCCGGCAACUAUGGUCCUUCAUUUGGCUCAGUUUCAAGUGUGGCACCAUGGAUCCUAGCUGUAGCAGCAAGCACUACAGAUCGUAAAAUCAUCGACAAACUUGUUCUUGGGAAUGGACACACACUGAUUGGGAAUUCCAUAAAUGCUUUUGGUUCAAAUGGUACGAUGUUUCCUAUAGCUAAGGUAAAUGGUGAUUCAAAAAGUUGUGCAAAAGAUUUUCAAAGAUUUUGUUCUUGUUUUGACACAAACCUGGUAAAAGGGAAGAUUGUGCUGUGUCGUGAUCGUCCUCUGUUUACGUUUAACUCUAAUGCUAAGUCUCAAGGUAUAGUUGGCGUCAUCACAGCUUCACUUUUCCGAAUUGAAGAUGUCUCAGAAGUUGUGUCACUACCUUCAUUAGACAUUUCCAAAGACUCUUUCGACAUUGUCGUGUCCUACAUAAAUUCAACCCACGAUCCAAAAGCUGAGAUAAAGAGGAGUGAGAUUUGUGUAGAUAAAAUGGCUCCAAGAACAAUUGAUUUCUCUGCACGUGGGCCAAAUUUCUAUGUAGCAGAGAUCUUAAAGCCGGAUAUAAGUGCUCCUGGAGUUGAUAUUUUGGCUGCAUAUUCACCUGUUGCACCUGUUUCAGAAUUUGCAGAUGAAAACAGAUCUGUCAAAUACAAUUUUUUGUCAGGGACUUCCAUGGCUUGCCCGCAUGUUUCUGGAAUAGCUGCAUAUUUGAAGACCCUUCAUCCAGAUUGGUCACCAGCGGCUAUCAAAUCAGCCAUUUUAACAACAGCAAGACCUAUGAAGAAAGCUUAUUCUGAUGAUGCAAUUGGUGAGUUUGAAUAUGGAUCGGGGCACGUGGAUCCAAUACAAGCCAGUGAUCCUGGGUUGGUUUAUGACAUAUCUCAGAAAGAUUAUGUAGAAAUGUUGUGCAAUUUUGGCUAUGACAGCUCUAUGGUUAAGCAGAUGUCUGGAGACAAUAGCAGUUGUCCCAGAUCUUCUCAUAGAGACUUGGUCAAAAAUCUGAAUUAUCCGCUAAUGGGAGUUAAUGUUAAGCCUUUUACGCCAUUCAAGGUUCAGUUCAAGAGGACAGUGACAAAUGUUGGAUUUGCCAAUUCAACCUACAAAGCAAGCAUUAUACCAGCAUAUUUGAGGUUGAAUAUUACAGUAAACCCUAAGGUUCUUUCCUUCAAAUCGUUGAACGAGAAGAGGUCUUUCGUUGUUAGUAUUACUAGCAAAAGGGGCUUCAAAAAUCAAACGGCAUGCACCUCAUCAUUGACAUGGUCAGAUGGGACCCACAAGGUGAGAAGCCCAAUUGUUCUGAUGUCGUUUAAGGAGCUCUUUUCUAGUUGA